AUGAUUUCAGCCAGCGUCGCUCUGCGGCUGCUGUUGCCCUUGUCGGCCAUCACAGUUGCGGCAACAGACACUCAAAUCAGGCUUCAGCCAAUCGACACACAAGUUGACAUCGAAGGAGUCGCGACAGCAGCUUCGUCGCAAGGGAAGAACAGCAUCAUUCAAUGGGGAAAAUGCAAUGACAGCAAUUUGGACAACACAAUUCCCGUGGACUGUGGCUACCUCGAGCUGCCCCUGGACUAUACGGACCUGGAAUCCAAUUCUACGCUCAACCUCGCGCUCUUGCGUGUCCCCGCAGCCACUCAGCCGGCCAAGGGAAGCAUUAUUCUCAACUUCGGUGGACCUGGUGUACCAGGACGAGAAUCGUUGGCAAGCGCUGGCCAAUUGCUGCAAAUCGGCACCGGCACCACACUGCCAUUUCGAUGUCUGGAAGGCUCCUACGAAUUGGGUUCUUUUGUGAGUAGCCAAGUUCUACCAGACAUCACCCAAAAGGACGCCUUGGGCAGGCUUUGGGCUCGUGGCACAAUCGACGCAAAUAUCUGUGCGCGGCGUCGUAACGACACUGGUCGUCUUCUGGGAACGGCCUUUGUCGCUAGAGACGUGGUAGAGAUUGCCAAGUCCCUCGGUGAGGAUGACAUGGUUCGUUAUUGGGGAUUUUCAUACGGCACAACACUUGGCGCUACACUUGUCGCCAUGUUCCCUGAAAAGGUUGACAAGGUUAUACUCGACGGCGUCCAAAACCCUCACCAAUACUAUCACUCCCAAGGCGACUUUGAAGAAUGGUCCCAAACAGACGAGGUAUUCUCUGCCAUAUUCGUGCACUGCCUGAAUAAUCCGACUGAAUGUCGGCUCGCAAAACACUACAAGACGGCAGAAGAGCUAGAGAAUGCGAUUUGGAAGAUGAUUGACACACUGAAAUACCACCCCGUACCUAUGGACCGGUACAUUAUAGACAACACAGCCGUAAAUGCCUUGAUACAGGGUGCGUUGUAUGCAACGAAAUACUGGCAAAAUCUGACGACGGUGCUCGACAUGCUUCUCACAAACAACAUUGACAAGGAUGUCAUGAUGGACGCUCUGAGGAACAUCCGUAUGCCUUUGGACGAAGAUGACCUCCUCCCCACAACAGACGCUGUGUUUGCGCUCUUGGGAAUCCACUGUUCAGAACGAUCCGUGCGGGCCAAGACAUACGACGAGUUUCUGCCGACGUUGCACCGUCUUUACAAUACGAGUCGUGUCAUCGCCAGUGCUUCUCUACCUGGGUGCAUGACCUGUGCACAAUGGUCCAUGGACGCCAAGGAGCGGUACGAGGGAGAUUUUCGAGUUCAUCCCAAGAACCCGGUCCUGAUUAUUGGAAAUACAUAUGAUGCACAUACGCCUAUUCGGUCUGCCCGCAACAUCAGCUCGGGUUUCAAGGACAGUGUUGUUUUAGAAGUUGAUGGUUAUGGACAUUCAUCGUUACGACUGCCCUCUGCGUGCACUUUGGAGAAAAUAUCUGCUUAUUGGUCGACCGGGGCAAUGCCAUUGCCUAACACGGUCUGUCAAGUGGAUUCUCCCCCAUUUUCCAAUAUCACUUGGUUUGACGUCAUCAAGAACUCGACCUUUGGGACACUAGAUACGAGGAUUGAUCGAAACUUGGACAAUGGACUCGAUAAGUUGCGGCUGUUUAGAAGAUGA